UAAAAAAAUGAUGGUAAUGUGGAUUUCCUGUAACAGUCGUUAAUUCUGAAACUGACAAAUCUUCAGUAGAAGUCAAGAUCAAAGCAAUGAAGGCAUGUCUUUUAGACCCCAAGUUGCUGAUCUGGAUAUUUCUGUUCCAAGCAUUCCUGCUUCUGACAGUUUUAGGCAGCAUCUGUCUUUCUCUGGUUCUGUUCCAGCAAGCGGAUAGUUUAAUGCUAGAAUUUAGCAAGUUCAGUGAGAAACUGGAGAAGUGUGACAGACAAGUGUGUUCUUUACAUAUACUAAAGAUGGGUAAAGCUUCUGAGGAAAAAUCUGAAGAUACCCCUCUGCAGAAUUUAUAUACCAGAAAAUCAUUUAUCCUGCCACAACAUGCAAACCUUAUCCGUAACUUGAGAAGAAAAGAAUGCAAGAAACGAGCAAGAAGAGAAACCACUGCAUUGCAUCAAUCAUUUCUCCAGUUAGUAGCCACAGACAGAAAAGAUCUUAUAUGGGAAGAGGACUCAGCCACAAUUCCAUGGACCGUUGUCUUUAAAGGAGGCACAGGUGUACAUGCAAAAGAAAACAGAAUAAUUGUGGACAGAGAUGGUUACUACAUGGUAUUUGGUCAGGUUUUGUACUUCAAUCCUGAUAUGCCGAUGGGGCAUUUAAUCCGGAGGAUGAAAUCUAAUGUCGUAGGAAGUGAUCCCAAGGUUACCAUCUUGUUCAGCUGCAUUCAGAAUAUGCCAGAGAUGCACAGUAAUAAUUCUUGCUUUACUGCCGGAGUUGUUAAACUUGACCAGGGAGAUGUGCUGGACCUGGUGAUUGUUGACAGGCCUGAAGCAAGUAUUUCAAUGGAUGGAGACUCUACUUUCUUUGGCAUUAUUCAGCUCUUGUGAGACAUUCCAGGAAUAAGUAACAACACAGAGAAUAAGAAAACCACAUUAAAUGACAGUCUGUACUUUAUGAAGUUAAAAGCAACAUUUAAAAGGGCAUGCAGUAGUUUAUAUCAAAGGGAUGAGAAGAAUAUUUAGAGCAGGGACAUCUAUACAACCUUACUUGAUACUGAAUAAUAAAUGAAAUUA